UCAGAGAGGAGGAGGUAUCAGCUGCCGGCAGGAGGACAGAGCCGAGGAGGAGCGGAAGAAGAGACAGCAGACCUUUGCGUUACCGGCAACCAUUCCUCCAAUUAAGAGCAGAAAACGGUUCUUUUGCAACAGAUUAUUUUGGUUUUCUCACCAAGGCUGACGGUGUCUAAACAUGUCACGGAUCUAACGUCUCCGGAGCAAAACAAGGAAUAAUAAGACUCCCCUGGUGGAUGUGGACACCUGAACUGUGGACAUGGAUAAGAUAGUGAAUUUAUCCCUUUCUGUUGUGCUGGUUUUAUGGGGAUGCGCGCAUGGAGGCUCGCCCAGUGUCCAGAUUGGGGGACUUUUUCCAAGGGGCGCGGAUCAAGAGUACAGCGCUUUUCGGAUAGGAAUGGUUCAGUUUGGCACCCAGGAAUUCAGAUUGACGCCUCACAUUGACAAUCUGGAAGUGGCGAACAGUUUUGCUGUAACCAACUGCUUCUGUUCACAGUUCUCAAGAGGAGUGUACGCCAUCUUCGGCUUCUACGACAAGAAGUCGGUGAACACCAUCACGUCCUUCUGCGGGACGCUCCACGUCUCCUUCAUCACGCCCAGCUUCCCUCUGGACGGGACUCAACAGUUCAUCAUCCAGAUGAGACCCGAUAUCAAGGGGCCUCUGCUCAGCCUCAUCGAGUACUACAAGUGGGACAAGUUUGCCUACCUGUACGACAGUGAUCGCGGCUUGACGACGCUGCAGGUUGUUCUGGACAUGGCAGCAGAGAGGAAAUGGCAGGUGACAGCCAUCAAUGUGGGGAACUUAAAGGACGAGAGGAAGGACGAGGCCUACCGCUCGCUGUUCCAGGAUCUGGAGAACAAGAAGGAGAGGAGGGUGAUCCUGGACUGUGAGCAGGACAAAGUUAAAGACAUCAUGGAGCAGGUCAUCACAAUUGGCAGACAUGUCAAAGGCUACCACUACAUCAUAGCCAAUCUGGGUUUUAUUGAUGGGGAUCUAUCCAAAAUCCAAUAUGGCGGUGCCAACGUGUCAGGCUUUCAGAUAGUGGAUUUUGAUGAUCCUUUGGUGUCCAAGUUUGACCAGAGAUGGGAGGCCCUUGAAGAAAAGGAGUAUCCUGGAGCUGACAAUAAAAUAAGGUACACAUCAGCGCUGACCUAUGACGCGGUGCAGGUGAUGACGGAGGCCUUCCGCUAUCUGCACAAACAGCGCAUCGACUUCACGAGGAGGGCCAACACUGGGGACUGCCUGGCCAACCCUGCCGUUCCCUGGGCUCAGGGAGUGGAGAUUGAGAGAGCACUGAAACAGGUCCGUGUGGAAGGCCUGACAGGAAACAUCCAAUUUGAUCAACAUGGCAAGCGAGUCAACUACUCGGUGAAUAUCAUGGAGUUAAAGACUAAUGGUCCUGUAAAGAUUGGAUACUGGAAUGAAGUUGACAAAAUGGCCGUCACCAAAUCUGAUGUCUUUGCAAACGAGUCAACAGGAAUGGAAAACAAAACAGUUAUUGUCACCACCAUCUUGGAAGCUCCGUAUGUCAUGCUGAAGAAGAAUGCCGACCUUUUUGUAGACAAUGAGCGCUAUGAGGGCUACUGUGUAGAUCUGGCUACAGAGAUAGCAAAACACUGUGGCUUCAAAUACCAACUGAAGAUAGUGGGGGAUGGGAAAUAUGGAGCCAGAGAUGCAGAGACCAAGAUCUGGAAUGGGAUGGUUGGAGAGUUAGUUUAUGGGAAAGCAGACAUUGCCGUGGCUCCGCUGACCAUCACUUUGGUUCGAGAGGAGGUGAUUGAUUUCUCCAAACCCUUCAUGUCUCUGGGAAUCUCCAUCAUGAUUAAGAAGCCUCAGAAAUCUAAACCGGGAGUCUUCUCUUUCCUGGACCCACUGGCCUACGAGAUCUGGAUGUGUAUUGUUUUCGCCUACAUCGGUGUCAGCGUGGUGCUGUUCCUUGUCAGCCGCUUCAGCCCGUACGAGUGGCACACUGAGGAGUAUGAGGAUGGGCAGAUCCAGACCAAUGAGUCGACUAAUGAGUUUGGCAUAUUCAACAGCCUCUGGUUCUCCCUUGGUGCCUUCAUGCGUCAAGGCUGUGACAUCUCACCGAGAUCUCUGUCUGGGCGCAUCGUUGGCGGUGUCUGGUGGUUCUUCACUUUAAUCAUCAUUUCGUCCUACACUGCAAACCUGGCUGCUUUCCUGACUGUCGAGAGGAUGGUCUCUCCCAUUGAAAGCGCAGAGGACCUGGCCAAACAGACAGAGAUUGCCUAUGGGACACUGGAUGCUGGCUCCACUAAAGAGUUUUUUAGACGCUCAAAGAUCGCCCUCUUCGACAAAAUGUGGACGUACAUGCGUAGUGCCGAGCCCUCUGUGUUUGUGAAAACCACAGGCGAGGGGGUCUCGAGGGUCCGCAAGUCCAAGGGCAAGUACGCCUACCUGCUCGAGUCCACAAUGAACGAGUACAUCGAGCAGCGAAAGCCCUGCGACACCAUGAAGGUGGGAGGCAACCUGGACUCCAAAGGCUACGGGAUCGCCACGCCGAAAGGAUCCUCAUUAAGAAAUGCGGUUAACCUCGCAGUACUAAAACUGAAUGAGCAAGGCCUGUUGGACAAAUUGAAAAACAAAUGGUGGUACGACAAAGGAGAGUGCGGCAGCGGGGGAGGUGAUUCCAAGGAGAAGACGAGCGCCCUCAGCCUGAGCAACGUGGCUGGGGUCUUCUACAUUCUGGUCGGAGGACUCGGCUUGGCCAUGCUGGUGGCCUUGAUUGAGUUCUGUUACAAGUCCCGAGCCGAGGCGAAACGAAUGAAGGUGGCAAAGAAUGCACAGAAUAUUAACCCAACUUCCUCGCAGAAUUCACAGAAUUUUGCAACUUAUAAGGAAGGUUACAACAUGACCUUUGGGGACGCCAUGAGGAAUAAAGCGAGACUUUCCGUCACUGGGAGUACUGGGGAGAAUGGUCGGGUGAUGACUCCAGAGUUUCCUAAAGCUGUCCACGCUGUCCCGUACCCGAGACCUGACAUGGGACUAAACGUCAGCCUGACAGAUCUGUCCUGAUCGAUGAGAAACUUCUGAGUGCCUUACAAUGGUUUCAUUAGAGCGAUCUUUUUCAUGAGCCCUGCCCUCCCUCCUUCUUUUCUGGCGCUUUUUUUCUGUCUCUGUCUGCUGAAAAGGGAAAGAUCGGAGAUGGAGGCUGCGUUUUGUCACACACAAAGACUUGUAUUGUUGCUCUCCGUCUCCAUUUCUCGCCGUCUUAAACGCCUCCUUCUCUGGAUGGAAUUACAUCUGGGAACAAAAGGGGAGGCUCUUUUUUUCUAUACUGAUGACACCAUGCUUUUCCUAUCCAUCUGUCUGGACUGGACUGAGACCGAAACGAGGGCUUGAUUGACGGCAACGGCUGCUUCUGGGAGUUUCUGUCAUCUUAACUGUCUGUGUGUGUGUGCGUGGGUUUGUGUGUGUGUGUGUGUGCGUGGGUUUGUGUGUGUGUGUGUGUGAAGAGCUUGAAUGUGUGUGUGCACAUCACAGAAAGAUGUCGUCAAAAAAACACACUGUUUUCUGUAGCCACCUCCGCCAAACAGAGUUUCAAGCACACUUGAUAUCAUCUGCAUUAAGAUGUGAAAUUGUCAUUUUUUUUCUAAGAAAAUAAGAAAAAAAAGUUCAUUGAAAAAAUAUUUUUAUGUAUUUUCACAAAAUAGCUUUUAAAUAAACUUGCUUACAUACCGGUGGGAUAUCAACAUCUUGACAUGAUGAAGAGAGAAAAUACUCAACAGCUUCUAGUUCCAUAUUUUUAAAGCCAAAUACAUCGCAUAUGGGGUGAGAUGUUGAAAUCAUGUAAUUAAUUCCUAUUCUAAACUUUCCUGUAUAUUUUAUUCUUUAACAUUUUGGUGUUGAUAUGAAAUAUAUGUCAAUGCUUGACAUUUGGACUCAAACUUCUAUGUUUUCUUGUUAGCGUCGGUGCAGCGAUUUCUGCUUUCUUUUGUUCCUCUUUCUUUUGCUUUUCGGUGCUUUUGUUGUUUUUCUGACGAGGACCAGGGUUUGUUCUACUCUCAAGACGAAAUUAAUCUGUUUACACGCCAUGAAUGCAAAACAGAAAAAAAAAAAAAAGAAAAAAAAAAGUGUGGUACGGUUUUAUUGCAUCACAUUUUGGAGUGAUGUGGAAAAGAGGCAUCGUCAUCCACAUGGUUUACAUGGUGGUACAAAAAUGCCAAAUAAGACAGAGUGCCAAAUCCUAGUGCCAGUAGAUAUAAAUAGAGUCUUAAUAUAAUCGAUCACUGUCAUCUCAGUGAAUGUAAAUGAUACAUUCUGUAACUUUUGUAACUAGAUGUACAGUUGGUGGCAAUGACAGUGCUAAUACAAUAGCCUUUUUUUCGCUUUGUUUUCCAGUCUCCAUGUAUUUCGCAUUGAUCUGACAAUGAAGUAGCACCAGUUGCAUGUUGUUGCCGCAGAUACUACACAACGUUUUUUUCAUUACUGCCGAACAUGCGUUUUCAUUUUAAUGUUGAAGUUGUGAGGUUAACUGUUUGAAAAUUGAAAAUACAAUGUUAGACAUAUAUAUAUACGAUAUAUACAUAUAUACAUAUAUUUUAUAUAAAAAGUUGAAAUAUGAAAAAUAAAAGCCCCUUUCAUGACUGAGUCAGAGCUACACUGGUUCCAUUGAAUUCUGAAUCUGGUCUUUUUUUUUUUUUUUUAAGUUGUGCAGUCUGAGUCUACCAUAAGUUACUUACAAGACUUAUGCAGACACGCACGGCUAAUUAUGGAACUCUUUUUACUUCACUUUAUUUACUGAAAUUGACCAAUUAAGGGGACAAGGGGAGGUCACUGUACGAUUAUUAUCACUGUUGUUUUUGUACUCAAAAGAUAGAAACAUAUACCGUAGUUGCUUAUCAGUUUCAUUGCGUAUUCAGGCUAUUCUCACUGACAUUUUGUAUAUGGAAUGUGUGCUAACUUGUUUAUUUUUUGGGACUCUUUAUAAAUAAAAGUGGCUGAUCUCUU